ACGACACGAGCACCUAGCGGAAAUUAGCGUCAACAGCGGCGCCCCGUCAGAUGUGACGCAUUGAUGGGAUUACGUUCAGGAGGCGUCUGUUCUUAAGUGACAGCUAGCCGGGCGGGCCUUGUCUCAAAUACUCACUGAAUAUAGCGCCAUGUGUACGACCUGUUCUGCGGUUGGGUGCAGGAACAUGCCUCCGAUGCCUGGAGUGAGCUUCCACACGUUCCCCAAGUGUCCCAAGUUGCGCAGGCUGUGGGUGCUGGCCAUGAAGCGGGAUUGCUGGCAGCCCACACCGAGCAGCAGACUCUGCUCGGCGCACUUCAGGCACGAGGACUACGUCCACGACCCGAGCAUCGCCCUGCGAAUGGGGUUCCAACCAUUCACGAAGCUUCUGAAGCCCGGCGCCGUUCCCUCUGUGUUCGACCACAACCGCAAAAAGGAGCACAAGAUUCGAGGAGCUUUCGAAAAACGCCAGCGAAAGGAGAUCGUCAAGGAGGCCUUGGCAGCUUACGAAUCGUCACCUGCAGCACUUCGAAGCACCACGUCACACUUGUGCCAGAAGCAUAUGAAAUACAUGACACAUACAAAAAGCGUGAAUUCUGCAGGCUGUGACAAAGUGAACCAAAAAGAGUCCAUCUCCAUUGGAACAAACACACACCACCCAAAGCGCAACCAAGGCCUGAUGACAGAGAGGCCCAUGCUUCGGAAUGCAGCCGUGCAGACUGGCAAACAAGUCAUUUCGACGACGACCUUGUGUGGCAUCCAGCUCACACAUAAAAGAAAAGGAAAAAGAGGGCAUGUGCAAAGGAGAUAGAAACUGAAUGGUUAACCUGGUCUAACGAUAAAAGGUUCAUACGUGUUUCUUUUGAAGUGUGCUGCAAAUGCCCCCUUCCAACUGUAAGUGGUGAUAGACUGUGUGAAAGUCUACCAUUACAUAAGCAUUUGUCACACAUGUGACACAUUUAUCAAAGAUAAGCAUGUUGAUGUAUGACAUAAAUCUGUCAAAGGUGUAUAAUUUUGUUGCAAGGCAUUCAUAUUCUAUUAAAAUAAAGUAAGUGUGACAAGAUAAUGCCUUGUGCACCUUCUAGUGUGUCAUUGUAAUUACAUAGCAAUGCUAUAUCAAUUUAGCAUACUGUAAAUCAGGUAACUUUUGCUUAUAAAAAUAAUUGAGUUUACGACCCAGACAUGUCCACAAGUUAGUUAUUAGCUGCAGACAUUAUGAGAAAUGAAGAACUGUUCAUUCAUCAUUGGUGAUGAAAGUAAUCAAACAUGGCAAUGGUUUAAGUAAAAUGGUCAUGUGAAACAAUACUUUGCGCAUUUAAGUAGAAUGAGGUCAUAUUGCAUAUGUACGAAGUUCAGUUUAUGUGCAUCUUAUUAUCUGUGAAUUUUAAUGCAUUAGGUUUAGGAGAGUCAAAGUGGGAAAAAUAUGUGUGCGAAAUGUGGGAAGGCGGUCAUGUGGUAGAGGUAGAGAGGAGUGUAUUAGAAUGUCAGAACUGGUUUGGGGCCCUUGACGCUAUCCAGAAACAUGAAUGAAAUAAGAUACCUUGACAAGCAGGGCUUCAGUCAGUGAAACCAAUCUUUAUUUUUUAUCCGCACAAGAACUAUACAGAUUGUAGAUCUGCCCACAUGAUAUGACAAAAAAUAGACUGAUGAGUUCGCCUUGUCAUCUGUUUGCAAGGGGUCGACAACCUUUCACUUCUGGCCAAGCAGUAGCGCGAUCGUCAAGUCAUCAGUACAAGCAACAGGAGAGGAGUGGUUGCUUAAUAAGGGUGUUCAUUUCAACAGAAACAUGUAUUCUAAAGACAAUGGAAUCAUUCUUAACACUGUAAUAACAGCUGUAUGUUAUGAAUACAAUCAACACUUUAUCUCUCUCCUUUUCCUAACACUGUAGCCUUUCCGAUGAUAUAAUAAUUGUAACAGUGCUUGAUGAGUGCACGGGUGCUUUUAUAAUAUAAUCAAUGCAAUAGGAGGAGUGUGCUCUAUCUUGACAUUCCACAGUUGUGCGUAUAGAGCCUGGAGCGGUCAUGCAAUGUUUUGCGACAGUUUGUUCACUUCAUUGCGGCACUUCAAAAACAAAAUGUGCACCGGAAAGAGUUAGUUAAAUCCGGGAUAAGUCGCCACUUAAUUGUUUACCUUCCCGCCACUGGGAACAACUGCCUGUAAAACAAGUUGAGUACUCAAAUGUUAUAUCGAUUAUACACGUUACACAUCACCAUCCUGGACUUCUACCCCGACGAGGCAUCCCCUUCAUGUGGUGACACUCGCACGCAUGUUCUGGGAGUGUAAAAACACUUCGCCUGGCUCUACCUCAGACAAGUGGGAGAAGACCCUACGAAGCUUGCUACUCCGACCAGCAAUGGGCCGUCUAGCAGGCCUGUGCAGUGGCUGCUAGGUACUCCCCGUCGGUCCCUGCGUGGGAGAUGCCCAAUGCAUGCCGACGCGCAUCCUGCAAGAACUUUAAUAAAGUUCAUACAAUCCAAUACUCAAACGUGUACACAUCUAUGGAAGGUAUGCACAUUGUCACAUAGUAUAUAAGAAUUGUAUUUGGGCACCCAACCUGUGUGGUUCUCUUGUCAAUCUGAGCUUUUCUUUUCUUAUUGAAUUCCAUUAAGCUUACCUUGCUCCACCUUGACAAGCUGCAUUACUCAAGACUGUAGCACAUGUUCUAGUGAAACGGUAAGCCUAAUUUGUGGGAAAAUGAGAUUCGGUAUGUGUUGUACUAUUCCACAACAUUCUGUUGCGCGCAUGUGACGGUCAGUGCUAGCUAUCUUUGAUUAAUGAAGUUAGGGGCUCAAAUGUGGAUUCGAGCCCCUUCUGGGAUCUUCACUAUGCUUUGAACUACACUUUUGUUAAAUUGUUUUGGUGUGCCAAAAUCUUCUUUACAGCAAUAGCAGGAUGAGACACACCUAGUGGUGGUAUGCUGUUGGCUGAACAUUAUAGCUUAUUGUCAGCUACUCUAAAAAUACGAGAAAAAGGAAACUACGAAGGUUGUUGUGGAAACUAUCGGACUAAAACUGAAAUCCCAUAGUGAACACCAGUGAGUUAACCCAUGUUGCACAAGAAAUGUGUGCUCCUUUUGCUUUCUUUUUCUUCUUUAAUGCAGACUCUGGAAUUGAAGCUAUUGCCCUUCAAAAUAAAAGGAUGUUGCUAGUCAC